AUGACCACGCCUACCGAACCCCAGGUGAUUUCUCGAAAAGAGGUGGACCAGGAUCGACUGGUUGUGGUGUUCGAUGAUCCACAAUUUGAAUCUCAUACAACGGGAAGCACUCCUGGUCAGAAGGAAGACCUACAAAAGACUUGGCCAGUACUUACCAAGAAAAUGACAAAUGUUAUCGAGAAUGAGGUGAAUGAGCUCGUUGAGAUGCUCGGCGGGAAGUACACCGAGAGCGAACUGCGAAAGAAGUUCACCGAUGAGCUCUCACCCAAGAAAAAAAUUGAGCGAAACUUUGCACUCAGACAGGCUGCACAGUCGGCAACCGAGUCGCACCCCAAAGAUGGAUAUGAGCUCGGAGUCACAACGGCGUAUAUUUACGUAACUCUUGUUGGUGAUGAUAACCCUCGUAUUGAGGGCAAGGUGGUUCUGUGGGUUCUACCGUCGCGACAGGAGAAACCCGACGACCUGCACUUCAGGUGUUGGCGACCUUACACGUUGUCCCUCGGAAACGACGAAAACGCUUCUGUGAGAUCCGAAGGUGACAAUGAAACCCCUGAAAGAUCCUUCUCGGCCGGCAGCCAUGCCUUGAGCGAUCACACUGUGCCUGAAUCCAACAAGAAUACUUCCCUCGAGUCUGCGGGCACUUCGGGUGUUUGA